CACUCAUUAAACACAUCAAAGGCAACACGCAAACAACACGGUGUUCUCAGACGCGAUAUCAGCCCCAAGUAUUCCAGCCCGGCUUCAGCAGUAAGAAGAGUUGGUUGGGAUUCAGCAAAAACCCGAGAUCGCACCCCUUCGCGUGGCGAUGCGUGGAGGAGACGUAACAGCAGCGGAGGCAGGGUCCCCGCGCUCGCCGGACCUCUACGAUCUCUCCGACGACUCCGACUACGCCGCCGCCGCUUCUGACCAGACGGCGAUGCGGACCGAUCCCGCGGACAGAGCCUCAGAGGAGACUGCGAGGGUGGAUGUGGUAUAUGAGAAGGAGCGUGUGACCAUCCACCCGUCGCAGUAUGGUUCCAGUCGUAUCAGCGGGAAGCUGCGUCUGUUUCUGCAGCAGGGAUCAUUGUUCCUGAGUUGGGAGCCAAACGAAGGAGCCGGCUCUUUGUCAACCAGUUCAGUCGGUGUGGAAGUAGAAAAAUAUAGAAAUCUGUACACUAUCAAGGCCUUGCCUUUAAGUGAUGUACGCUUCAUCCGUAAGUACACCCCAACGUUUGGACUGGACUACGUAAUAAUCGUUCUCUCAUCAGGCCUGGCUUUCCCUCCAUUCUAUUUCUACAACGGUGGAAUUCGUGAAUUGUUUGCAACACUGAAACAACAUGUAUUCAUCAUCAGGUCGGAUGACGAUCCUAAUGUUUUUCUCGUCAACGACUUUCAAGAUCCCCUUCAGAAAAGCUUGUCAUCCUUGGAGCUUCCAGGAGUAGCCUCAGUAGCAAAUGCCAUGUCAAGACAAAAUUCACUCAGUUUUACUGGGUCAAUUGAUGAGUCCAGGCAUGGGGAUAAUGUUAGACAUGGGGCAACUUCUAGCAUGUCUCAGUAUAGCUCAAAGCAAAAUCACAAAUCAAAUGAUCCAGGUCGUGAUCUUUCAAUUCAAGUCUUGGAGAAAUUCUCAUUGGUUACUAAAUUUGCACGAGAUACUACAUCAAGCCUUUUUCGAGACAAUAGUGGUGCUCAUGCUUAUGGACGCCAACAACAUCAAUACAUUUUGGAUAAUAAAUCAACUAAUAAACAUAAAAAUCAGUAUGUAACACCAGAAAAGGCUUCGGCACCCUCAGCAACACUCGAGUCAGAUCCAUUACCUCUCGUAUGGGGAAAACAACGAGAUCACCCGUUAAGUGUCGAAGAGUGGACAUCUUUCUUAGAUCGUGAAGGUAGGAUUAUGGAUUCAAAGGCACUGAGGAAAAAGGUUUUCUAUGGGGGAGUUGAUCAUGCUUUGAGAAAAGAGGUCUGGAAAUUCUUGUUGGGGUAUCAUGAAUAUGAUUCAACAUAUGCUGAGAGGGAAUACCUUGCUGUCAUGAAACGAGCAGAAUAUGAAGUCAUAAAAUCUCAGUGGAAGAGUAUCUCAGCCACCCAAGCUAAAAGAUUCACCAAGUUUAGGGAAAGAAAAGGCCUAAUUGACAAAGAUGUGGUGAGAACAGAUAGGUCCAUUCCCUAUUAUGAAGGAGAUGACAAUCAGAAUGUUGUAGUUUUACGUGAUAUUCUGUUAACAUAUUCCUUCUACAAUUUCGACCUUGGUUAUUGCCAAGGAAUGAGUGACUUUUUGGCUCCCAUACUUUAUGUCAUGGAGGAUGAGUCUGAAUCAUUUUGGUGCUUUGCUUCCCUGAUGGAACGUCUAGGUGCCAAUUUUAAUCGUGACCAGAAUGGCAUGCAUGCUCAGCUACUUGCAUUAUCCAAGGGAGUUCAGUUUCGACCAGAUCAUGCUUUUAUGGGAAGUUCUGUGGUCCCAUUAUUUGUCAGAACAUUUCCACUUGUACUUGUGCGUAGCAAUCUUGAAAAAAUAUCGUCAGCGGAUAAUUGGGGAGCAGAUGGACUUCGAUACCCUCCUUAAGUUCAUCAAUGAGCUCAGUGGUCAGAUCAAUCUUGACCGGGCUAUCCAGGACGCGGAGGCAUUGUGUACUAUUGCAGGAGAAAAUGGGGCUUCCUGCAUUCCACCUGGAACCCCACCUUCAAUGCCCGUCGAGACCGAUGGUGGCAUGUACGUGCAAGAAGACGAGGUCUUGUGAGAUAUCGGUCACCCUAGAAAAUAAUUGCAUAGAAGCAUCGCAAGUUUUUAUCCAGUAGUGCUUUCGUCGUCGUCAUAAAUGUGAUCCGUUGUAAGUUUGGAAGAAUCAUGAAAACCUAGAGUUGUGUGUAUAUACUACCUUGAUAAACCUGUAAUUGAUACUUUCACUAUUCUGUAUGGAACCCCAGGUUUUACCUCAGCUCUCCAUCAGAUCUUCUAUCUCCUAGAGCA